CUGGGCUCCGCAGGAGGAGGCACAGGCCCCUUUGUGAGCAGCAGACCGGCCUGGGGGCUGGCAGCAGGACACCCGCGUCUGCAUGCUGAAGAAGAUGGGUGAGGCCGUGGCCAGAGUAGCGAGGAAGGUCAACGAGACGGUGGAGAACGGCUCUGACACCCUGGACCUGGCCGAGUGCAAGCUGGUUUCCUUCCCCAUUGGCAUCUACAAGGUCCUGCGGAACGUCUCCGACCAGAUCCACCUCAUCACGCUGGCUAACAACGAGCUCAAGUCUCUCACCAGCAAGUUCAUGACGACAUUCAGUCAGCUCCGAGAGCUCCACCUGGAAGGGAAUUUCCUGCACCGCCUCCCCAGUGAGGUCAGUGCCCUGCAGCACCUCAAGGCCAUUGACCUGUCCCGGAACCAGUUCCAAGACUUUCCGGAGCAGCUUACCACUCUGCCGGCGCUGGAGACCAUCAACCUGGAGGAGAACGAGAUCGUGGAUGUGCCCGUGGAGAAGCUGGCCGCCAUGCCAGCCUUGCGCUGCAUCGACCUCCGCUUCAACCCACUCAACGCAGAGGUCCGUGUCAUUGCCCCGCCACUCAUCAAGUUUGACAUGCUCAUGUCUCCGGAGGGCGCCGGAGCCCCUCCACCGUAG